UUUUUAGAUAAAAAAACAAGGAAAAUGACUAUUCAUUCAAGCAAAAAAGUUGCAUAUUACUACGACGGUGAUGUCGGUAAUUAUUAUUAUGGCCAGGGACAUCCAAUGAAACCUCAUCGGAUACGUAUGACUCACAAUUUGUUAUUAAACUAUGGACUUUAUAGAAAAAUGGAAGUUUAUAGACCUCAACCUUCUAGCCUAGAAGAAAUGACAAAAUAUCAUAGUGAUGAUUAUAUGCUUUUCUUAAAGAAUAUUAAACCAGACAAUAUUGGUGACUAUAGUCGUCAAAUGCAGCGAUUCAAUGUUGGGGAUGAUUGCCCCGUGUUUGAUGGACUUUUUGAGUUUUGUCAAAUUUCGAGCGGUGGAUCAAUAGCUGCUGCAACAAAAAUUAACCGUCAGCAUGUGGAUAUGGCAAUCAAUUGGAUGGGUGGUUUGCACCAUGCAAAGAAAUCUGAAGCUUCAGGCUUUUGUUAUACAAACGAUAUUGUGCUUGCUAUACUUGAAUUGCUGAAGUACCAUCAAAGAGUUUUGUACGUCGAUAUUGAUAUACACCAUGGAGAUGGAGUUGAAGAAGCUUUUUAUACGACAGACAGGGUUAUGACGGUUUCCUUCCACAAAUAUGGAGAAUAUUUUCCUGGAACUGGAGAUUUGAAAGACAUUGGAGCUGAAAAAGGUCGCUAUUAUGCAGUCAAUUUUCCACUUCGUGAUGGAAUUGAUGAUGAUACUUAUGAACGAAUAUUUCAGCCAGUAAUGGAGAAGAUAAUUUGUGCUUACCAACCUUCUGUUAUUGUAUUGCAAUGUGGAGCAGAUUCUUUGACUGGAGAUCGGUUGGGGUGUUUUAAUUUAACUUUGAAAGGUCAUGGAAUGUGUUUAGAAUUCCUCAAAAAAUUCAAUCUUCCAAUGCUACUUUUGGGUGGUGGUGGUUACACAAUUAGAAAUGUUGCUAGAUGUUGGACUUUUGAGACGUCAGUAGCUUUAAAUGUUGAUAUUGCAAAUGAACUUCCAUAUAAUGAUUAUUUUGAAUAUUAUGGUCCAGAUUUUAAAUUGCACAUACCUCCUUCAAAUAUGACAAACCAUAAUACAGUUGAAUACCUCGAUAAAGUCAAGGAGAAGAUUUUUGAAUCUCUUCGGCAAAUUCCACAUGCUCCCGGAGUUCAGAUUGGAGCCGUUGGGCCUGAUGCAAUGAAUUUGGAUGAUGUUGAAGGAGCCCAAAUGGAUGAGGCAAGUCCUGACGAGCGACUGCCAAGAGCAUUGAGCGAUAAAAUGGUAGAAAAAGAAGGUGAAUUAUAUGAAGGUGAAAGAGAAGGGGGUGAUAUUAGAAAUAUUGGUGGUUCGAAUAAAAGAGGAGCGACAGCAACAACAUCACCAGAUACAACAAUGGCAAGUUGUGAAUUAAUCAAAAAGAGUCGAAUUGAUGGGGAAAUAAAAAAUGGAGGGGAUGAGGAACCAACAGAAUCUAUGGAAUCUUGA